GCGAGCAGAGAUUGUGAGAAGUAGCUUAGCAAGUUCAAAGAGAUAAUGAGAAAAUGGCAUCGGAGCAGGAGAGAAGGGAUCCUCAGAAGAGAGAAGAGCUGGACGAGAAAGCAAGGGAGGGAGAGACUGUUGUUCCUGGCGGAACUGGUGGCAAGACCCUUGAAGCUCAAGAACACCUUGCUGAAGGGCGUCACCGUUGAGGCGAGGCUAGGAGAGAGCAGCUGGGACAUGAGGGGUACCAGGAGAUUGGCCACCGAGGAGGCGAGACUAGGAGGGAGCAGCUGGAACAUGAAGGAUACCAGGAGAUAGGGAAGAAAGGAGGCGAGGCGAGGAGGGAGCAGCUCGGAGAUGAAGGGUACCAGGAGAUGGGCCGCAAAGGAGGCGAGACCAGGAGGGAGCAGAUCGGCCGUGAAGGGUCAGACUAUCAGGAGAUGGGGAGGAAAGGAGGUCUGAGCACCAAGGACAAGUCUGGAGCUGAGCGUGCUGCGGAGGAAGAGAUCCCAAUUGACGAAUCCAAAUAUAAAACCAAGACUCCUUGAGCUUGAUGUGUGUUUCAAAGCUUAGAGGAUGCUUCUGAAGUAGGCUUUCGUUUUGUGUUUUUCCUUUCUGCGUGUGCGGUGACCAAGGGUUGUACAAAUGGUUUAACUUUUUAAGUGCUCCUGCCCUCUCAGGAGG